UUCUACCCGGAGCUGCGCGCGCCAACGCUAAAGUUACAGCCCCUGUAGCAUCCGCACGCCCUUCGCCACCGUCGCACCGGCGUCUUCGGUCAUCAGGCAGAUCCAGGAGCAUGAGCAGGACUCUGUGCGGCGGGAGCAGAUGUCAGGGUACAAACGCAUGCGGCGGCAGCACCAGAAGCAGCUGAUCGCAUUGGAGAACAAGCUGAAGGCUGAGAUGGAUGAGCACAAGCUCCGGCUGCAGAAGGAAGUAGAGACCCAGGCCAAUAACACUUACAUUGAACUGGAGCGGCUAGCCAAGAAGCAAGCUGCCCAGUUAGAAAAGGAGAUGAAGGCAUCAGCCACAGAGGAGAAGAGAAUCCAGCAACAAAUCUUGGUCCAACAGAAGAAGGAGCUGACCACCUUCUUGGACACACAGAAAAAGCAGUAUAGACUGUGCAGGGACAGGAUGAAGGAAGAGAUGAAUGAGGACCUUAGCACACCAAAGGAGGAGAAGCAGGAGAGGCUGUCACGCCACAAGGAGACAAUGCAGCGCUCACAGGCCGAGGAGGAGGCACAGCUGCUCAACCAGCAGAGGCUCAUCUAUGAAAGAAGCUGCCGUGCUCUGAAGAGACGAAGCCUCAUAAAAAAACAUGAGUUUGAACAGGAACAGAUACGGGAGGAGCUGAACAAAAAGAAACUGCAAAAGGAGAUGGAGCAUGCAUUGAUGAUCCGGCAAGAUGAGUCCACACAGGACAUGGAGCGACGGCAGUUGGAGUGUCUGCACAGGCUUCGCAUGGAGCUAAUCCGUUUGCAGCAUCACACUGAACUGGAGAACCAGGAGGAGUACAACAACCGACGCCAGAGAGAGCUGCACAGGAAACAUGCACUGGAGCGCCGACAGCAGCCCAGAAACCUCAAGGCAUUGGAAAUGCAGAUCAAAAAGCAAUUCCAGGACACUUGUAAGGUUCAGAAUAAGCAGUACAAAGCUCUGAGGAACCAUCAGCUAGAGGUCUCCCCUAAGAGUGACCACAAAGCCCUGCUGAAGACUCUGAAGGAAGAGCAGACACGCAAGCUUGCUGUGCUGGCAGAACAGUAUGAACAGAGCAUUAACGAUAUGAUGGCCUCGCAAGCGCUACGUCUGGAGGCUGAGCAGGAGGCCGAGUGCCAGGCUUUGAAGCGCCAGUUGCAGCAGGAAAUGGAGCUUCUGGAUGCUUACCAAAGCAAGACAAAGGCACAGGCUGAGGCCCAGCAUGAGCGUGACAUGCACCAGUUGGAGCAGAAAGCAUCCUUGCGCAGGGCUCACCUGGAACAGAAAAUUGAAGAGGAGCUGGCUGCACUUCAGAAAGAGCGGACCGAAAAAGUCAAACAUUUAUUUGAGCGCCAAGAGCGAGAACUGGAGACCUUUGAUGUGGAGAGUUCCCGAUUGGGUUUUGGAAGCUUGGCCUCAUUUGACUUUCCCAAGGAAGAUGACAGAUGAUCAAGCCCAGGCUGGUGGGGCCAUUUGAUGCUGAUGUCUCUGGAUAUGUUGUGCCUGUACUGUCCCUAACCAAUGGAUUUACUAAGAACACCUUUAAAGUGACCAUGCUGUAUCUGUCUUUUAAAAUCUUAAUUUACUAGCUUGAGGAACUUCUGGAAUUGGAACGUAAUUUGCAGUCAACACAAGUGACAUAAUGAAGCUCAGAAAGCAAAAGAGCUAAAUAUAGAAGAACAGACCUUUUCUCCACGCCGUCGACCCACUUUUGGUAUUAAAAUCAGUAAUUCAGGAUAUUUUAGUACAGGUAAGCACUUUGAUAUGUUUAAGUAUGAACCCAAAAUGUAAAGUGAACAUAUUGUGUGAAAAUGCCUUUGGUGUUAUCGAAGGACAUUGCGACUGUAGAAUGUGUCCUCCGUCUUCACCGUGGCUAUUAGCUGUUUUUGUCUUUGUUUAUCAUGGCGAAUGUGAAUACUGUUUGUGAAAGCUGUAUGCAAAGGCAGGUUUCUAAACAGUAUCAGAUUUUAAAACAUAGUGACUAUAUUGAGAGCAUUUAGUUACUUUCAUAUUGUGGUAGAAUACACACCUCUUUUUUUAAAAGGGAAAAAACUAGGCACUAUAAUUUAAUCAUUGUUCAGUAUCCUAAAUUAAUUGGCAGAAUUUUUUUUUAUUACUUCAACAAAUCAAUGCAGUCAGAUUCCUUCCUGGUAUUAUUGCAUGCACUUUAAAAGACAAAUUCAGGUUGUGAAGUUGAGCAUGGAUCUGUCAGAGAUUUUAGCUGUCUGUAAAUAAAAGUGGUCCAUAGCAGUUUUGUUUCAUGGCUAUUGAUACUGAACAUAAGCUUUAUCUUUGAUAUGAAAGAUCGCCAAAUUGCCAAAUGCCUUUAAGUUAUGUUAUGAAUGUUUUAGUUUUCUUUCUUUUGCCCAAAUGACAUCAUAGUUUGUUGAAUUGUGACUCAUUCAGUGUGAUGUUAUCAAUGCUCUUGUACAGGUAAACAAUGGUGCAAUUUGUGUUGUAAAAAUUUUUUAUAUAAAUAUUUGUAUAUGAUAAUCUAAAUAGGGGUUUACACGUGUAUUGGUCAACCUUUGCCAAAAUAAAUAUGGGAAACCUAUUCAGUGGUGACAGUGGAAGGCAAACUAUUUUUUUAAGCAAAACAGGGAGAAUUACCAGUUUCACUUGUAAUUUGACAACAAAAUCUAUUGUGGUUGUUUUUGGCAAGAUUCAUGUCUAGUUGGUAUUGAGAAAUAACAACAAAAAUGUUAAUCAACUUUAUGAGAAGUUAGUCUUACUAAGUAAUUCUUAAGAAGUUGAUUAAGAAGUUGAAUAAUUCUUACAAAGUAAUUCUUAAGAAGUGGUAAUUUGCAAGCAAAUACUUUAGAAAGCAUUAUGUGGGGCCAGGGCAAUUAAUAUCUUUUUAAGCCCUAAAGAUUCAUAUCUUUAAAAAAAUAAAAAAAUAAAAAAUAAAAAAUAGAAACCACUUGUGUCACACUAUGCACUCCUGGCACAUAAUAUUGUGGAACUCAAGCUAAAGGAUACCAUUCAGUUUCAUACUUUGUGACUGUCAUUACAGGCCUGUUUUCAAACAAAGCCAUUGUUGAAACUGCCAUUGCACAAGUAAAAUGAUGUUUUAAUGAAUAAACUGAAUGAAGUUUUUG